CCUGAGACUCAGAUAGUCACACACCAUAUCAUCCACAGAUCCUGUCCCCCGCCUGUCCCAGGGGAUGCCCUCCUAUGCUCCUUUACGACUGGAGGCCUCUUCCCACGUUCUCAUGCAUGAUGGACCCCAGUGCCAACUAAAGACCUGAGUGUUCUUCGAGUGCCAGACGAGGGCCUCCUGUCUCCACAGAACAGGGUUGGGGGAGAACAAGAGGACAGAGGACUGUGGCUGGGGCGGGCCCGGCACAACUCUGAUCUCACUCAUCUUUUGAUUCCUCUGGGAGGGCUGAGGUCUGAUGGCUUCUACUCCAAGGGGACAGGAGUGAAAGAGAGCUGUGGGUGGGGUCCCAGAGCCCCUGGGAACCAGAGGGGAGGCUGGCUUGAGCUGUUCCCUAGCGACCCAUCCCCACCACAGUCCCGCCUCCCUCCGCUUCCCCUUCUCCAUAUCCACCCCUUCUGACCACCACCAGCAGGCCCAGAAGAGAAGGGGUGUUAGCGAGCCGCUCACACAUCGGCCUCAGUCCUCAGUCCACUUGCACAAGGGCGUGGAGGGCUGGGCUGGACUGUGUCCAGGCUCUUUGCGAGAAGAGUGGCAGUGGGAAGAAGAGACUCACACAAACCCCGUGUUCCACCUGCUGGAUGAGCAGGCCUGCCACUGCCAGGAUGGCCACACAGGAGUCAGCGCCGGGGUGGGAUUCCCCCCUGGUGGAAAGGGGCAGGCAUAGGGCCCAGACCCAAAGCAGGGUGCCUUGGGAGGACAGUGUGGAAGUGACGGCCAGGCCUCUGGCUCUGCGGCCCAACUGCUUCCACCCAGUACCACGUCUUCUAUGGUGGGAACCUGGCUGGACCCAAUGCAGGAUUUCUGGGAGCCCACGCCCUUUCCCUCUUUCAGGAUGCGGCUGGCCUCUCCGCGUGUCAUCUGGCCUGGGUCGCACCUGGGAGGCCCUGCCUACCUUCCCCAGGUCCAGCUGCAACAUCUGGGGCCCAGGAGGGCAGAGCUGGAAGCGCCAGUUCCAGAGCUCCUGCCGGCUCUAGAGCCAGAGCAAGGGCCAGCUCCGGGGCCAGAGGCAGCUCCAGCUGUAGUUCCACCGUCCGCGCCGGAGCUGGAGGCAGCCUCACCACCGGCAGCCUCACCUCCAUCGGCCUCUCCAGGGCCGGAGCGAGCGCCAUCAGCUUCAGCCCCAGUGCCAGCUUCUGAGCUGGAGCAAGAUGCGCCAUUGACUUUUGGACGAACUCUGCCUCCAGCUGCCGAAGUCACCGCAGAAGUGAGCGCCGAGCUGAGAGAGGAGAGGCCUAAGCUGCUGGACUUCCCUCCGAAGCUGGUGGCCGAGCAGCUGACGCGGAUGGAUGCGGAGCUGUUCAAGAAGGUGGAGCCCCGCCACUGCCUGGGUUUUGUGUGGUGCCAGCGGCCCAAUGGGAGCAAGGAGUACCUGGCUCCCACCGUUGGGGCCACUAUCAACCAGUUUCUUCACGUGUCCCGCUGUGUCAUCACGACGUGCCUUGGGGACCUCAGCAUGACGGCCCAGGACAGGGCCAGAGUCGUCGAGCUGUGGAUUCAGGUGGCCAAGGUAAGUAGUGGCAGGGCCCAGGGAGCCCCUCCCUGGAGUCAGGGGGACUGCCCCUUCUCCUCUCGCAGCUUUCAGCCUUGAAGUCGGUGGUCUGGGCCUCGGCAAAGUCCGAGGCCCCUUGCUGCCAAGGGCCUGCUGACCUUGAGUGCUGGUCCCAGUGGUGGGAAGCUCCCUUCCCGCCCUGGGUUGA